UGGCAAAAAUCCAAAAAAGAGAAGAAACAUUUAUUUCGAAACUGGUGGCCAGAUCCAGUAAGUCUAAACUCUCCUGGAUUCUGUCUUGAUUUUGUUUCUUGUUAGAGAGAGAGAGAGAGAGAGAGAGAGAGAUUCCAUUUGAUCAUGGGUUUCUCUCAUUCAUUUUGAUUUGAUUAAACAUUGGUUAUUUUCUAGAGAGAGAAAGAGAGCGUUGGCAUCGGUUUUUCUCAUUCAAUUUGAUAUGAUGAAAUCUUGGGUGUUUUUCUAGAGAGAGAGAAUGCUAGCUGUGUUUCCAUACUGGAGCUUGGUUGUUUAUGCAGCAGUUUCAGUGGCCACUAGUUUCCUGGUUAAUGUAUCUAGGCUUCCAGUUAGGGUUUUAGAAGGGAUACACACGUAUAUACAUCCUGAUAAUGUUGGAGGUGGAGGUCAAGGUAAUGUUAGGGCAGCCAUUAGAAGUCCUGGAACUGAGAAGGGGAACUCAAAUUUAGAUGGUUAUAAAAAUCUCUCUUCAUCAAAUAACGCAGAACCCAAUUUAGAUCAGAGAUCAUCUCAGAAUACGAGGAAAAAAAAGGACCGGGGCAAAGAGAAUUUCGAAUUCGAUGAGAACAAUGCUCAGAUUUUUCGGUUAAGAUUAGUCGAUGGUCACCUUCAAACUAGGGUUUACUUCACAGAGUAUCAAGAAUCUGUGCUUUACUCAUUUUUAGGGCUUUCGAGUCUUCUGGUCCAUCGGUUCCUCCCAUUGUCUGAUGAUUCGAAGGGAGAUAAGCUUGCCCCAUUUUUCUUAAAUGGCUCAAUCGUGCCAAUUCUUUUAGGACUGUUUGCCUUAUUUAAGCUAUCCCUCUUGCUCCUUAAGUUAUCUUCAGAAAGGUCGGCUUCAAAGAGAUCAGAGAAGCAACUAAGCAUUUUGUCAGGGAUUUUAGGGUUUAUUUUGGCUCUUUUGAUAAUUUGGGUUCUCUCACCCAGAUUUGUAGAUUUCAAUUUUUGGUCCUUGGGCGAUGAAGAGAUCUUUAAAAAUGAGAGGGUUUCAGGGAGUUGGGGAAUGGGAUUUGCAAAGUUUUUAUUGGCUUUAUAUGCUGGAUGUAUUUGUGGCAGUCUCUUUCCUCCUUCUCUCAAGUAUACUAGAUCUUUUUGGAUGGGUACAGAUCAAUUACAUUGGAAUUUAUCUGUAGUUGCUUGCCGAAAGCUUCCUCGAGUGUUGCUGUAUAUUAGUUUCUUGAUGACCAUCUUUACAUCUGUGCUUUGGAUUAAUCCCAUGGCUGAUGUGCUUGUUAAGAACAAUAACAACUCUGGUUCUCCUGAGAAGAUUGGCAUUUCUCACUUGGAUAGUAGAGAGUUCGGUUUCGAUGAAAGGUGUUCUGAUAAGGAGAAUGGUAGGAUGGAUGGCUGUUUGAAUUUCGGGAAACCUGAGGACGUAGAGAGGGAAAGCGAGGGGAGCUAUGGGAGCAAUGCUGGCGAUGGCGAUGGCGAUAAUGACAAAAUCCAUGGGUUUCCGACAAAUGAGGUGUGGGAUUCAGACAAGGAGAUAGGAGAAAUGGCUACGACUGUGAAUUUUGCAAAGACUGGGAAGGUAGAGAGAGAGAGUCAUGGAGAAGGGAAUAGUGGGGUUCACGUAACUAUGAGGAGAGAGAGUUUUCUGCAAAAUUUGGGGAUGCCGCCAUCAAGUUAUGGUAGGUUCAGGGUGAUUUGUUUGUUGGCUUCUGCAAUCUUGCAGCUGCUAUUGCUGAGGACGAACGUGCAAAUGUUUUUGGACGAGGGGGUUUUAUCUUGGUACCAGAGGUUGCAUUCAAGCAAGGUCCCGGACUUGGAUUUUAGCAGGGCCAAGAUCUUCUUGCACAAUCACUACAUAUGCUAUGUAGUGCUUCAGUUAUCCAUACCUCCUAUGCUGGUGCUUCUCUCUCUUGGCUUGUCUGAAAUCAAAGGCUUUGGAUAGCUGAGAGUUCUCAAAGCAUGGAGAAACAAAUAUGAAAGAAUCAUUCCUAAAGGCAUAUAGAAGCUUGGAUUUAUGAUCUUAGAGGCAAAUAUGAAAGAUUCAUGGCUUGGUUAAAAAAGGGCAAAAGGUCGGUUCAAAAGGACAUGGUUGGAAGCAGUGAGAGAAAAGAUAUGGUGACUUAUACUCUCAUUGACGUUAUAGCCCAUGCUAAAGCAGAAUGACGGAUCAGGAUUCAUGUAGCUGACCCCAAAUAGUUGGAAAUAGGCUAUGAUAAUGAUAAUGAUGAUUUUCAAACAUAACAUGUGGAGAGCAGCAUAAGGUAAAUGGAUUUAUAUGACUUUGAAACUACUUUUGAGUUGAGGAAGUAUAAAAUUGGAAGAAUGAGAUCCUCUUAAAUUCAUAAUCCUAGAGGUUCUUGGCUAUGUUGAUUGUUGCAGAUGGAAAAUUUUCUAUUUGGGGACAGAGCCCAGGGUAUAACACACCCUGCUGCUGUUUUGAGUUUGAAACAUGUACUAGAGUGGCCGCAUGGAUUUAACCAGUGUUUCACAAAAUGCUGACUCUGGAUUGGAUUCACCCGAGUGAUUUGGGCCUGGUAGGGUGCCGGAUCCAAAUGCCUAACCCUAAAAUAAUGGCAAAUGUAACCAGAAUCCAAGUAGUUUAUGAAUUUUCAUUUUAUGA